ACUAGUUUAACUUAAUUGUCUUUUUUUCUUCUUCUUUCGUUUCAGCACAAAUUCUCAAUCGCUUUUCACAGUUUUGUUUGAUUCUUCUAUAGCGAGGGAUAAUGCAAAUAAGGUUUCGGUUAAUUUUAAAGCUUUCACGUGGUCGCUAAAUUCAGUAACAGUUUGCACCAAUGUUAACGUGAACAAUUGCAACGCAGCAUACAACAAGUUUGCAGCGUUUAACCGUACCGAAACUGGAUAUAAAGUCUAAGAAUGAUCUUGUUACUGAAUCUAAUGCUUCAAAGAAGUUAAAUAUCUUUCAAUUACUUUCCAAUUUUUAUCCACAUAUUUUGACGCUUAAUGAUUAUACUGCUCUUUCAAAUCCUUCAUUGAAUGAAAAUGAUCUAUAUCACAAACACAAAGACUAUCUACUGAGUACGAUUGUGUGUUUUCAGUCACCUUUACGGCCGCCAUGCGAAAACAAUUCCGUUCGGUGUUCUCAAACAGAGGUACUUGAUAAUGUCAUUUUAUGGCAUUUUCAGCAUUCAAAAAACAAACCAAAUAACAUUUUAACAAGAGGAUAUCUUGCGAAUAAUGAAAGAUACAAGGCCACUCACUUCUCGAGUCUCAAUUCAAACGUGGUCAUUGUUUUCCCAAACGACUAUGUAUCGAUUUUUCGUUCAGAACGUUGGCAAGAUCUCUUAAAACUUAUGGGGGAGGCUAUGAUGUCCUACUUAUUGACUUUUGGAAGUAUAUAUGUGCAUUUACCGGGGAAGAAUUAUGUCCAGCUGUGCGGUGUUCCUCUUUGUGAUGUUCCUGUUCUUUCACGAACCGAAGAUGUACGAAAGAAACGCAAGACUCGUCCGUGGCCGGAUGCUCCGAAAUCACAAAAGAAACCGAACUCUAGAGAAUCCAUAUCAAAGAAAGUUUCCAUUCGACAAAUUCUGUUUACAAUGAAUCCUACCAAUAGUAGUCCGAAUUACUCUGUUGGGUUUGAUAAGAAUUACCCUCUGAGCAUUUCUCGACCAAGACCCUUGCAUAAAAGAAGUUUAUAUGUUUUGUGUUUAAUGUUUCCAAAACAAAUUCCUUCCUCUCACGAAUCUUCAGGCUCAAUAAAAGGAAAGACCGAUAGUCAACAUAGCAGCUUUUCCGACUUCGUGAUACCCAAACGCUUGAAUUCGGCUUACUCAAUGAUACGACAGUUGUUAAAACGUUAUGAUAAAACAUCAUAUCAAGAAUUGUAUCAGUAUUACUGUCCCUUUCCCAAGGAUGCAAUUGCAAAGAGGGAAGCUUCUACAUCUAUCACUGACUUCAGUGUUGGUUCACAUCAGGUGUACGCUUUUGUCAAAGCGGUUCUUAAGCGUGUGAUUCCUAAAAACUUUUGGGGAUCAACAGCCAAUUUUCAGCAUUUGUUAAAGGCCGUUAAGUUUUUCAUUAACCUUCGACGUUACGAUGUGUUGAAUUUGGACCAUGUUCUUUUGGAUAUUAAAAUUAAAGAUAUCCGGUGGCUUGAAUUACCUUCUACGAAGGGUUGUAGAAUGAGUCUCACAGAUUUCAACAAACGUAAAGAGAUAUUUGCUGAAUUUGUUCACUGGCUUUUCAGUUCGUUUGUCAUGAAUUUACUACAGACAUCGUUUUACGCAACGGAAUCGUCUGGUCAAAGGAACAAGAUUUACUUCUUUCGGCGUGAUGUGUUUCAUGACCUUUCAGAACCAUUUUGCCAUGACAUACGCAACCGACUUUUUGAACCAGUUGAUGCUAACGAACUUGAUGAGAAAUUGCAUGUCGCAAGUAUUCGGCUACUUCCUAAGAGAAACACGUUUCGACUAAUUGUUAACUUAAGCCGCAAGCUACAAUUGAAAGAAUCAUUUACAAAGGAAACCACUUUCCGGAGCUCGAGUACGAAUACUAUGUUACUUCCAUUAGCAACGAUCCUUGGAUGGAAAACAAAACUACUAUCGAAGAAAGAGGCUGUUUACACAACCCUUGCAGACGUAUACACGGAAUUGAUAAACUAUAAAGCCAGGCUCUCCCGUGUCGACAUGAUGAAUUGCAAAAAGUACUUUGUAAAAGUUGAUAUACGAAAUUGUUAUGACUGCAUUGAUCAGAAAAAGCUUUUACGCAUUGUGCGAACGCUGUUUGAUGAGGAUGAAUUUUUGAUACGGAAGUAUGCAAUUGUUCGAGCUUGUUAUGAAAACUUUGUGAAAAAGUAUGCAUUAAGCGCAUGCACAUAUGCCGAUUAUCUGAACUUUUUUCAAUUCGCUAUGCAGUUCAAGGGAAGAAGAGAUUGCCAAGUCUUUAUUGAUAAUGUCGACUCACAAACUCGUACAACAGACGAACUAAUGCUUUUGUUGAAGCAGCAUAUUACUCAGCAUACCGUUAGCUUUGGCAAUGGGUGCUAUAGACAGACACAAGGUAUUCCACAAGGUUCAAAAAUUUCGAACACUUUAUGUUUCUUUUACACUCGAGACUUGGUUCGGAAACGCCUGCGUUUUGUCAACAAGGGCAAUUCUGUUCUUUUACGGGUUGUUGAUGAUUUUCUAUUUAUUACUACAAGAAAGCGUGAUGCGAAACGUUUUCUCUCACUAAUGGUGAAGGGUUUUCCGGAUUAUAAUUUUUACGUUAAUGAAGACAAGACAAUGGUGAAUUUUGAUCCUGGUCCCAAAUAUUUAAACAAGAUCAAAAUUGCAUCUGAUGAGUUGUUAUUUUGCGGGUUUCGUGUGAACUUACGAGAUCUUAGCAUUGGGCGAGAAUUGUACAUUCAGUCUAGCGCUCAUCGCCGCAUCAUAACAGUUGAGCACGCUUCAUGCAUAUGGCAAGUCCUGUGUAAACGAUUGAUGGGAACUGUGUUUUCAAGUCUGCAUCCUAUAUUUCUUAAUGCUUCACAUAAUUCACCUUCUGCAAUUCGGUACAACGUUUAUACAGUGGCACACAACACAGCUUUUCGCUUACGUCAAUACAUUCACGAGUACAAGUUGUUACCCAUUAAUGUACAUGAUAUUGUUAGCAAGGUUUGGUUUGUUUUGUCGACUCGCUUUCGUGUUUAUUCACUUGGAGUUGUGAACUCUUCGAAACCGGAAAGCUUACAGUUUACUUCAGCUGAAAUGAAGUGGCUUAUUAUUCAAGGUGCAUUGGAUGCUCUUCGGCCAGUAAAACAACUGGCAGCAUUCACUUUAAGUUUAUCUCGCGAACAGAAGCGGCUUGAGAAGAAGAUUCCCGUGAUGUAUUUGAGACAAUGUGUUUCCUCCAGAAGGUUUCGGGCGAUAAACUUGCGUUGACACUGCGUUUUUUACUAAAUAUCAUCACACUUCCCGUUGCAACAGAAUGCUAGGCCGCUGCUGGUAUCCAUUUUCUAAACUUUCUCUUUCAAGGAUACUAUCCCCCAUAACACUUUUUCCCAAAGUUGUUUAUCAUAAAGGUUACGCUAUUUUGAUGCAUCCAAUAUCCACUAAGAUAAUACUUUCUGAUUCGUAUCCUUGACAUCUUCAUCUGAGGCAGAUAAAAGUUCAAUUUCUGUAUUCACAUGGCUCAUUACUUUAUGUAAAUCAUUGAAGUCAUAAGAGAGUGUGUUGUUCUCAUCCCUGUUACCCGGAUCAUGCCGGUGAUGUGUGCAAAGAUGUUUUUCGACUAUCCGAUUUAAACGAACAAUUUCAUCCUGUAAACCUUCCAAUGUUUCUGCGACCUGCCUCCUCCGAGCGGCGUCUUUUCGUUUUGCACGAAUGUACUCUGAAAGGAUGGCCAAACCGGCUACUGAGCUGUGAUGAGUCGAAUGUUAGUUAAUUGCAUUUGUGUGUAAGUCGACCAAAAACCUUCUACGCCUGGUUUUUCUCCCCCCUUCACCUGCUUACAAAAUGAAUGUCUCUGAAAGGAAAUUUGCACCAGUCUCGACAGCUUUGGCAUCAUUCAAUGGUCGUAUAUGAAGAGGCACAUUCCCCGCCCGAUUUUUUGUUACGCCUAACAAACGAAACUCUGCUCGGUGCAUUUUCUGAGCAACAUUUAUGCACAUCUUUUGUUCAUUAGUCAACUAUCGUUACAGAUAUAUAUAUCUCAGAGCGUACGCGACGAAAUGCCGGAUGUUCUUUGGCCUGUGAUUUAAUUGUAUUGGCAAUGGGUUUAGAAAGAGUUCGUACGAGCAGCGAUCCGAUUUUGAAUGCUAAUGAAGACAUAAUCAAAGUCCUCGUUGCAAAAGAUUUUGGGUUUCAGCAACUUUUGCAAAUUAUGAUACCUACAAGUAUCUCAACCAGAAAACCGAAACUGUUUCAAAAACUGUACAUAGGAAAACGUAAAUAGAAAAUAG